UGUGAUAACCCAUUAGGCUAUCCGGAAAGCGGGUUAUCCCUAAUUUGAAAACCCUGUUCUUAUCCCGGAAAACAUUAUCCAUGUUUUCCUCAAUCGCUCACACAGAUGACAGAUAUACUGCUCUGCUCUCCUACCAUACCUGUUAAUUCAUAAGUAGAUGUUAUCAAAUGGGAUUCGGAACACGAAGCAGCACUUAUCGACUUAGGACGAACUGGACUCCAGAAAUGGAUCGUUAUUUUAUUGGCCUCAUGUUGGAGCAAAUUGGCAAAGAAAAUAGGAGGGAUGAUCAUUUGUUCAGCAAAAGGGCAUGGACGCAUAUGACAACAAUGUUUAACACUGAGUUUAGUUCCACAUAUGAUAAAGAUGUCCUGAAAAAUCGACACAAGAUGCUGAGAAAUCUAUAUAGGAUGUUGCAGAAUCUUCUCAAGCAGAAAGGUUUUAGAUGGGAUGAAUCGCGACAAAUGGUUGCAGCAGAUGACAGAGUCUGGGCUGACUACAUUCAGGUUCAUCCCUAUGCACGAACAUAUAGAAUGAAGAAAAUCCCAUACUAUUCUGAUCUAUGCAAAAUAUAUGGAGCUGGUAGAGGUGGAGACAAAGAUACAAUUUCUGGGCAAAAAGGAAAUGGCACUGGGAUGAUGUUACAAGCUGAUGAUGGUCGCUUGUUGGAAGGAGAAAAAUGUGUUCCUACAAGUGCUAAUGAUGAGAAAACUUGUAGCAAUCCGUUGGAAUAUUCACCAAAUUUUGGUGAUAUGGCAACUGAGUCACUUCAUGAUAUAAUGAUAAAUGAAGACUAUGGAAUAUCUGUGGCAAAAGGAAUGGUUGAUAAAACAUGCCCAUUUCUGCCCGAUAAAGGCGUCGGUAUGGGUGCUCGCACAAGGACUUGCUGGCAGCCGCCAAUGGAUCGAUACUUUAUUGAUCUUAUGCUAGGUCAAGUGAACAAAGGGAAUCACAUUGAUGGCCUACUUACGAAACAAGCUUGGAGAGAGAUGAUUUCAUCUUUUAAUGUUAACUUUGGGUUUAGCUACACAAUGGAUAUUCUGAAAAAUCGAUUUAAAACUCUUAGAAGGCAGCAUAACGUUAUAAACAAUCUGCUGGAGUUGGAUGGAUUUGCUUGGGAUGAAGCACGCCAGAUGGUGACUGCUGAUGACCGUGUCUGGCAGAAUUGUAUCAAGGUUCAUACAGAAGCUAGGCAAUAUAUGACUAGACCUGUUCCAUAUUUUGUAGAUUUGUGUUUGAUAUUCAGAGAAUUGAAUGGUGAUGAGAGAGAUGCUAUUACAACUCGUCAAAACUUAGAAAUCCUUGAUGAAGAUCCUGAAAUCAAAUUUGUUACUGGUAAUCAAUCUUCAGCAACAUCAGUAUCCAGUUAUGAUCAGCUUCACAAAGAAAUGGAGUCUGCGCAUCCAGAUUUUGACGUGACUACUACUAAUGAAACGACCAAGCCCCAACUAGAAUUCCCACUUAAGGCAGGCUCUUCCAAGAGAUCGCGGAGUGAAAAUGAGGGGGUGGUCCAUGCUAUUCAGGAGAUGGCAACUGCAGUUUCAUCUUUUGUGGAUAAACGAAAAGAAGAUGAUAAUUUGAACGCCAUUCCUGUAGAACUUGUAGUAACAGCAAUCCAAGCCUUACCUGAUAUGGAUGAAGACCUUGUGUUGGAUGCUUGUGAUUUCCUGGAGGAUGAAAAGAAAGCAAAAACAUUUUUAGCAUUAGAUGUGAAACUGCGAAAAAAGUGGUUAUUGAGGAAGCUUCGUCCAUCUAUAUAGUAUAACUCAAUAAUACAUGUAAGUUUGUCAGCUACCAUCAACCAAAGAACUUGAAGAACAGUGACAAACUUAUCAUAGCAGAAUAGUUAGUUCCAGAUUUAUAAAGAUGCCUCCCCCUUUUCUCACGCUCCUUGUUCGAGUAGCGCCCAUAUGCGGUCUUAAAUUUCUUUAAAGAAAGAGAAGGAAGAAUGUACACCUUUAUCUCCCAUUAAAACGAAAUGACUUGUGCAUAUUUGGUGAACAGAUUACGAACUUGGGAAAUGGAAACUCAACUGGGUUGCACUAGUAGCGGAUUAGACUGAUUACUCAAAUAAAAUAAACAAUGCUUUAUCAAUAACUUUCCCUAGUACCCAUCUGGUUUCUGGAGUUGGAGCAAUCAAUCACAAAACUGAAAUUACAAAUGCAACUAUCUUGAUAAGAAAAACUAUACGAACACAUCGUAGAACUGACGAGGGUCCUAAGCUUCAGUACAUUUAGCUGUUCAUAUUAUAACUAUAUACUAACAGCUCACAAAUAGACCAAGGCAAUAUGAGAGUCCACUCUCUCCAACUGAUGAAGUUCACUUGCAUGUGCAAGACAUUUGGUUACAUUUAUCACCAAAGUCAGUGAGCAAUACUGGCAAUGAUCCUCUGUCAAUAAUUGGGCAUGAAAAAGUGCAGAUUUGGGUCAACCCAGCCAUUCAUAAGUCGUCAAGAAUGGUGGAUAGCAGCAA